UUCCCAACAAAAAAUCUUCUCUUAAGCUUAAUUUUUCACUAAUUAUUACUAAUUAGCAAACAUAAAUGGCUUCUUCAUCUCCUCUUUUACUAAUUUUCUUUGUUUUUUUCACUCUUUUUAUUGGAAUCUCUAAUGCUCAACUUAGGACUAAUUACUAUUAUGAAUCUUGUCCACAUUUAUUCCCAACUAUAAGAGCCGUGGUACAAAAUGCUAUCAAUAGAGAGGCUCGUAUGGGUGCAUCGCUUUUACGAUUACACUUUCACGACUGUUUUGUUAAUGGUUGUGAUGCAUCCAAUUUGUUAGACGAUUCAUCUUCAUUCAAGAGUGAAAAAAGUGCAACUCCAAACAAAAACUCGGCAAGAGGAUUUGAAGUCAUUGAUCAAAUAAAGUCAGCAGUUGAAAAAGUGUGCCCUGGUGUAGUAUCUUGCGCUGAUAUUUUAGCGAUUACUGCUAGAGAUUCAGUUGUUAUUCUUGGAGGACCUGAGUGGGAAGUGAAGCUGGGAAGAAGGGAUUCAUUGACAGCAUAUUUUGCAUUGGCUAAUGCUACCAACACCAUUCCUGCUGCAAAUUCUAGCCUUAGUGGUCUUAUUUCUAGCUUCCAAAACCAUGGACUUUCUACUAGAGACUUGGUUGCCUUAUAUGGGGCCCACACAAUUGGAUCAGCAAGGUGCACAAACUUUAGGCAACAUAUCUACCAAGACAAGAACAUAGAUCCCUCAUUUGCAAGAUCAAACCAAGCAAAGUGCCCUAAAAAGAAUGGAAAUGGUGACAAUAACUUGGCACCAUUAGAUGCUCAAAGUCCAGCAAGAUUUGAUAACACUUAUUACAAGACUCUUAUCAACAAAGAAGCAAUUCUUCAUUCAGACCAAGAAUUAUACAAUGGAGGAUCUACGGAUGCACUUGUUCGCACUUAUGCUGCUAAUCCUCAUGUUUUCAUCUCUGAUUUUUCGGCAUCCAUGAUUAAGAUGGGUGAUAUUAAGCCUCUUAUUGGAUCACAAGGACAAGUUAGGAAGAAUUGCAGAAGGGUUAAUUAAAAUUAAUGAUUUUAAUUAAGUUUGAUUUUAUGAAAGUAUAAGGAUGUUUGAGUGUGGUUUUAUUUUUAUUAUUUCUUCAUUUUCCUUAUGGAAAUUAAUAGAUGUAUUGUAUUUGAUUUACUUCCUUCUUUUGAAAGGAAGAUUACUUUAUUGUAAUGCUUGUGUUGUUUGAAUUAAUGAAUUAAGGUGGUUAAAACUUGGUAUACCACCUCUAUUUUGAGCCUCUA